AUGUCGGCACCCGGGAGAAGUGAAGCAGCGCGAGCUCCAGCUCUCCUGAGAGUCACGGCACCGAGCUGGUUUCCUCCUGGCCAUCUGCAAGCUCAGGAGGCCGAGCUGGGUGCCUCCUGCCCUGCCCCAACCCUGGUGCACCGGCCUUCCUGCCAGUGGCCCUGCCAUCAACCUAUUGGCCCUGGCGGCCUGCUCCUAGUGCCCCCCAUAUACACCUGGAGCCCCAUAUAUCUCAUCAUCCAGCCAGAGUCCGUGAGGAGAGGCCUGGCCCCCCGCACCCGGCUACCCACCACCCAGGAACUGUGUGACCUGCUGCAGGGAGCAGACAAGCCUCCCAUGGAGUCAGCCAGCCUGCCCCAGGCUGCCCAGGAUCCGGCCCCGAAGUCCCCUUCCAUCCACCUCUCAGCUGCCAGAGACAAGAGGAGGAUUGCCUGCGACACCAUGCCCUGCCUGGCUGCAGGUGCCAAGAGGCGCUUCCUGGCCAGCAGCAGCCCUCCUCCCAAGGCCCAGGGAGCCAGCUUCUCACUCCAGUGCCCGAACAGCCCCCCUGAAGAGGAUCCUUUGCAAGGGGCCGGCCUGUACCAGCGCCUCAAGGAGCACCUGCUAACCCAGGCCCAGCUCAAGGAGAAUGGCUACCCCUUUGCGCACCCCAAGCGGCCCGGGGGCGCUGUCCUCUUCACCACCCAAGAGAAGCCGCCCCAAGAUGCCUCUUGCAGGCUGUGCUGCCGCUGUGGCAACCAGUACCUCGUGGCCCGAAGGGGCCACUGUGUGCACCAGGAAGAAUGUCACUACCACUGGGGGCGGCGGCGCCCCACUCCAGUGGCUGGGGGCUGGGAGAUUCAGUACACGUGCUGCUCGGCCCCCAUCGGCUCCCCUGGCUGCCAGGUGGCCCAGCAGCACGUGCAGGACGGCCGCCAGCAGGACCUGCAGGGCUUCGUGCAGACCUUGGACAAAGAGCUGCCCCCAGGGGCUCACCCCGGCAUCUACGCCCUGGACUGUGAGAUGUGCUACACCACCUCUGGCCUGGAGCUGACCCGCGUCAGCGUGGUGGACAGCGCCCUGCAGCUGGUGUACGACGCCUUCGUCAGGCCGGACCGCGACAUCGUCGACUACAACACCAGGUUUUCCGGAGUCACUGCAGCUGACCUGGCCCACACCAGCACCUCGAUCCGGGACGUUCAGGCCGCCUUGCUGACGCUCUUCAAUGCCCACACCAUCCUCAUCGGACACAGCCUGCAGAGCGACCUGCUGGCCUUGAAGCUCAUCCAUGGCACCGUGCUGGACACAUCUGUGCUCUUCCCGCACCGCCGCGGCCUCCCCUGAAAGCGCUCCCUUCGCAACCUCACGGCUCACUACCUCGGACACGUCAUCCAGGACCGGAUGGAUGGCCACAGCUCCAGCGAGGACGCCAGCGCCUGCAUGCGCCUGGUCAUCUGGAAGAUGGGACAAGACGCCAAGACUGAGCACUGA